AUGGGAAAAGGUCACAGAUACCAGAGAAGCUCGAGCGGCACCCCAUUUGGCUCGCAAAACUCAUUCAACAGGAAGAGGAAUUUCUCACCACGAAGCCUACCAGCUCCCUUCCACGCGCCCCACGAUAUCGGUCCUUUCGACGGGCAUCCCAACUCGCGAUUUGGCUUCGGUCCUCCUGGCCCCUCAGCACCUCCUUCGUUCGGGGGCUGGUAUCCGCGCCAUGGCCGUCCCGCUGGAAACGCUGGUAGCCCGCCUCAGAGGCCGUUUGAUACCACUCCUCCGGCCAUGCCGUACGAAUUUUCGCAGUCUCAACCCUUUUACCCUCCAAUGCCGUACGGAAAUGAAAGAAGGUUCAGUGGCCCCUUCAGAAGGUCGGCAGAGGGGUUUCAAGAUCCCCAGAACAAACUGUUUUCAGACGAGUAUCGCUCCCCCGGCUCUCAUCAGGCUUACCAGGCACCUCGUAUUGAAGCAUUUUCCCAGGUACCAUCUGAGCAGGAGUGGAGUAGAAAGAACCCAUGUGAAUUGAGAAAGCCUUUAGCUCAGGGCAAUAAGCUUCGCGGGGAUGCGCCAGAAUUCGUCCCACGUGGAAAAUGCGCUGUCAGCAAGGAAUCCGGGACGAAGAUGAAAGAACCUUGCUGGCUUGUGGUUUCUGGUUAG